UUCUUUCAGCCACAAAACGCCAUUACUAACUAAUCAAAUUAAAAUUAACUCACCAACUCAAUUGAAUUUAAUUAAUUUAAAUUAAGACGAAAGCAUCUUGUUCGUGCCCAAUAUAUCCCCAACCGUCGACGCACGUUAAAUCAUUUGUCGCCUCUCAGGCGGGCCUGCUUCACGCCUGUAACCCUAGUCAAGUCGCGAGGUUUUUAUUAACCACCGAUCCGCCCUUUCUCAACGUCCAGAAAAAGCGCGAUAAAGUGUUCGAAACGAAAGAGAAAUUUGCAGAAAGCUAGGAACAUGUGGGUUUUUUACCUGAUCUCGCUGCCUUUAACCCUAGGCAUGGUAAUUUUAACGUUGAGGUACUUUGCUGGGCCCGAGGUUCCUCGUUACGUUCUAUUCACCGUUGGAUACGCCUGGUUCUGUUCUCUCUCCAUCAUCAUCCUCGUCCCCGCCGAUAUUUGGACGACUGUAUCGCAUCCGCCGGAUUUUAAUGGUAAUGGAGGCAUUUCGUUCUUUUGGAGCUGGUCUUAUUGGAGCACGUUUUUACUUACUUGGGCUGUGGUGCCCCUUAUUCAGGGUUUUGAAGAUGCUGGUGACUUCACUGUGACAGAAAGAUUGAAGACUAGUGUACAUGUUAACUUGGUCUUUUAUUUAAUUGUGGGAUCCAUUGGCCUUUUUGGACUUAUUCUUCUCAUCAUGAUGCACAAGAAUUGGAGUGGAGAUGUUCUUGGUUUUGCUAUGGCAUGCUCAAAUACUUUUGGGCUUGUUACUGGUGCAUUUCUGCUUGGUUUUGGCUUGAGUGAAAUUCCCAAAAGCUAUUGGAAAAAUGCAGAUUGGACCAUCCGUCAAAAAGUGCUUUCUCAUAAAAUUGCCAAAAUGGCUGUGAAACUUGAUGAUGCUCAUCAAGAUCUUUCAAAUGCUAUUGUAGUAGCUCAAGCAACAUCAAAUCAAAUGUCCAAGCGUGAUCCUCUCAGACCUUACAUGAAUGUUAUUGAUAAUAUGUUGACUCAAAUGUUUAGAGAAGACCCAUCUUUUAAACCACAAGGCGGCAGAUUGGGGGAAAAUGAUAUGGACUAUGACACUGAUGAGAAAUCAAUGGCAACUCUAAGGCGUCAUCUUCGAGGAGCUAGAGAGGAGUAUUACCGGUACAAAAGUGAGUAUAUGACCUAUGUAAUGGAGGCCUUAGAAUUGGAAGAUACAAUAAGAAAUUAUGAUCGACGCAAUUCUACUAGAUGGAAAUAUAUUUCAAGCUUUAGACCAGUUCGAAGUGGAAAAAUUGGGGCUGUCUUUGAUACGAUAGAGUUUAUUUGGAAAUGUAUUUUAAGAAAACAAGUUGAGAAGCUUUUAGCUAUCGUAUUUGGUACCAUGACAGCUGCUAUUCUUUUAGCAGAGGCGACACUUUUACCUAGUGGAGUUGAUCUCUCUCUUUUCUCGAUACUUAUAAACUCUGUAAAGUCAGAAGAGGUGUUUGUUCAGCUAUUUGCCUUUGUACCUCUGAUGUAUAUGUGUGUCUGCACAUAUUAUUCCUUGUUUAAAGUUGGAAUGUUAAUGUUUUACUCGUUGACACCUCGGCAAACAAGCUCAGUGAACUUGCUUAUGAUAUGCUCGAUGGUUGCUCGAUAUGCUCCUCCAGUUUCAUACAACUUCCUCAAUCUUAUUAGACUUCGUGAUGGGCGCAAAACUAUAUUUGAAGAGCGGAUGGGGAACAUCGAUAGUGCUGUCCCUUUUUUUGGAGAAGGAUUUAACAAAAUUUAUCCACUUAUUAUGGUUAUAUACACCCUGUUGGUUGCGAGCAAUUUUUUUGAUCGUGUAAUUGAUUUCUUUGGGAGCUGGACGAGAUUUAGAUUUCAAACCGAAACGGAGGAUAUGGAUGGAUUUGAUCCAUCUGGAUUAAUUAUUUUACAAAAAGAACGAUCUUGGCUUGAACAAGGGCGUAAAGUUGGUGAUAAUGUUGUUCCACUGGCAAGAAAUUUUAACGGCACUGAUAUUGAGAGUGGCAGCAAUAGCACAGAUAAUGCCCUCGAAAUGAAGACGACAAGAAGUUUAGUAACUGAUGGUAUGAAGGGAACUACUACACUGAAAUCUUCAAAAGAAGAAGCUCGAAAGUACAGCACAAGCAGAGAAGCCAUGAGCAACAAAUAUGCUGCAAUGAGAGAACAGAGUAGACAAUCAUCUAGUACAAAACCAGCUGAGCAAAAUAUUGCCGCUGCUAAGGUCUCCUUGCUUAAUGCAGGAAACUCUUCUGGCAACACAACUGGAGGACCAACUGGUCUUGCCUCCAAAUGGGAAUCAAUGAAGACAGGUUUCCAAAGUUUUAGAGCAAAUAUAGGUGCCAAAAAGUUUCUUCCUUUACGCCAAGUACAGGAAACUACACUAAUCUCUCGUGCUGACUCAUCGGAGUCCCUUGAUGAGAUAUUUCAGAGACUGAAACGGCCAUCAUCUUCAGACCAUGAGCAUGUGGAUGAAGAUGAUGAAAAUGAUAAUAUUUCAGGCCCUGCUAGAUAAUGUAAAGAUUUGCUCGGGCAAAAGAAACUUGCUCUUUCUAGAAACUGGGGGGAGAAGAUGUACAGGUUACGAGCAGUUUAAUUUGAAGCAUGCACUAAAACUUUUUUCGUGGGUGAAUCCUCGGAUGCAACUGAAGCGGGGGGAUAAUGUUCUGCUACAGUAAGACUGCAUAUCUAUCAACAAAUUAAAGACUUCAGAUGCUAGAAAAGGGUAAUUUGAAAAAGCUACGUUCAUAGUUCAUACAAAGGAAAUUUUGGGAAAACUAUAAGUUGUAUCAUUGAACAACACUUUGGCAGACGCUCCCCUUGCUGGGUAGCUGAUUCUGGCAACACAAUGAAUUCUAUAGAAAAAUAUUUUUAUGGAAAAUUUUAUUACAUUUCAUUGUUUAUAUUUUAUAAGUGGGUGCAUUGAACCAAAUACAUCUGAACUGA